CACGACGCACAUCCAUCAGCUCAACCUCAUUUUUUCCUUUCUCCUCGAGGAACUUUUACUGUCUGUGGAGCAACAAGCGGAGGAAGAAAACACAGGGGACCAUGAAGUUGUCAACAAUUCGCAGCGCUUGUGGAAGUCUUCSACUGUACACAUCCCGUCAGGGAAGCAGAUUCAGCGGUCUGUCGCGGAGAUGCUUACCGGUUGGGUUGACCGAUAACCGGAUGACCCUGUGUGUUCGCGCUACCUCCAGCAGCAGCAGCGGGACCAGCCCAACAUUAACUAUUAACUUCGAAAAACAAGAAGAAAACUGGUCCAAGUACAACAAGGAGGUGGUUCAGAGUGCUAAAGAAGCAAUGGUGACUCUGCUGAGAAGAAACCCAGAAAUCCAGCCGUUGUUAGCAAUUCUCCAGUCAGGUGAAGAUCACGGCUUUUUGGAGAUCAAUAAGAAAAUUGCAUGCAAGAUCGGCCUGAAUGUCACUCAGAUUUGUUUGGCAGAGGAGUGCCACGAAGAUGAGAUUGUAGCAGAGUUGCUGAAGCUCAACAGCGACCCUAAAGUGCACGGGGUCUGCCUCCACCUCCCUCCGGCUUCUCUCACCAGUCGAGUGCUCGACACGCUCAGUCCGGAGAAGGAUGUCGAUGGCCUGACAGAUUUGAACAUGGGCCGUUUGUUGCGAGGAGACCUGAGUAAAAGUUUUGUGCCUCCUACAGCUGGUGCUAUUUUAGAUCUGCUGGGGAAACAUGAUGCUCCUUUGAAAGAGAAAUCUGUGUUGUUGGUUGGAGAAGGACCCCUCAGGUUGACCCUACAAUGCCUGAUUGAAAGAGGUGGCAUGGUGGCAGAUACAAGUCAUUGGAACUCCAAGAGUUUGCAGAAGCAGGUGAUGCAUUCGGAUGUGGUGGUUCUGUUAGGUGCAGGAAACAUGGAUGUUCCGCCCACCUGGGCCCGACCAGAGACCGUUAUCAUUCGCUGCGAGUCGACAGUGGUGUCGGAUGAUGGCACUGGUUUGUCCUCAAGAUCUGGUUUAGGAUACCUCACAGCUGCUUACAGAUCACARAAUGUGAUACAUAGCUGCAGUCGAUGGCUCCAGAAGCAGCAGUACAGACCCUGGCAUCUCCGAAACCUCAAACUGCAACCCCUGACCCCCGUGCCAAGUGACAUACAAAUAUCCAGAGCCCAGACACCUAAACCUGUGGAUCAGCUCGCUGAGGAAAUUGGUUUGCUGCCGGAGGAGCUUGAAGCUUACGGCAGGAACAAAGCCAAAGUCCAGCUGUCCCUGUUAAAUCGCCUCCAAUCACAGCCCRAUGGCAAAUAUGUCCUUGUUGCCGGUAUAACUCCAACACCACUGGGUGAGGGUAAAAGCACGGUGACCAUCGGUCUAGUCCAGGCCAUGUCUGCCCACCUCAAGCUCAACUCCUUCGCUUGUCUCAGACAGCCUUCCCAGGGCCCCACUUUUGGGGUUAAAGGGGGAGCUGCAGGAGGGGGCUAUGCCCAGGUCAUACCCAUGGAGGAGUUUAAUCUGCAUCUGACUGGUGACAUCCAUGCCAUCACAGCAGCCAAUAACCUGGUGGCAGCAGCCAUCGAUGCCAGGAUGCUCCAUGAGAAAACACAAUCAGACAAGGCCCUUUUCAGUAGACUGGUUCCUGCAGUGAACGGAGUCAGAAGGUUCUCUCCCAUCCAGAUCUCCAGGCUGCAUCGUCUCGGUAUUGAUAAAUCAGAUCCUGCAUCUCUCACACCAGAAGAAGUCAGCGCCUUCGUACGUUUGGAUCUUGAUCCGUCCAAAAUCACCUGGCAGAGAGUUGUUGACACGAAUGAUCGUUUCUUGAGGAAAAUCACAGUCGGACAGGCAAGCACUGAAAAAGGACAAAUCAGAGAGACUGGCUUUGACAUCGCUGUGGCCAGUGAGAUCAUGGCUAUCYUGGCUCUGUCCGACAGCCUGAAGGACAUGAAGAACAGGCUGGCGCGCAUGGUGGUGGGAACCAGCCGCUCCGGGGAACCCGUCACAGCAGAGGACCUGGGUGUGAGUGGAGCUCUGGCUGUGUUGAUGAAAGACGCCAUCAAACCGACGCUGAUGCAGACCCUUGAGGGCACUCCAGUGUUUGUCCACGCCGGGCCAUUCGCCAACAUCGCCCAUGGAAACUCUUCAGUGCUGGCAGACAAGCUGGCCUUGAAGCUGGUUGGACGGGACGGCUUUGUUGUGACCGAAGCAGGUUUUGGAGCAGACAUUGGAAUGGAGAAAUUCUUCAACAUCAAAUGUCGAGCUUCAGGUUUGAGGCCCAGCGUGGUGGUGCUGGUUGCAACGGUUCGAGCGCUAAAGAUGCACGGCGGUGGCCCAAAUGUGUCAGCUGGUACACCUCUUCCCAAAGAGUACAUUCAUGAGAAUCUGAGCCUAGUUGAAGGUGGCUGUCACAGCAACCUMAGGAAGCAGAUCCAGAUCGCUCACCUGUUUGGAGUACCUGUAGUGGUGGCGCUGAAUGUCUUCAAGACGGACACUCAGGCAGAGAUUGACCUCGUGUGCCAGAUAGCGAAGGAGUGCGGGGCGUCUGGCGCCGUGCCGUGUCAUCACUGGUCGCAGGGGGGCCGAGGUUGUUUAGAGCUGGCCCAGGCUGUGAGCGAAGCAGCACACCGACCUUCAGACUUCCAGUUCCUCUACAACAUCGAGAUGCCCGUGGUGGAGAAGAUCAGAACAAUAGCCCAGAAAGUGUAUGGAGCCGAUGACAUCGAGCUGUCUCCAGAGGCCAAGAGCAAGAUCGAUUACUACAAUCAACAAGGCUAUGGUUCGUUACCCAUCUGCAUGGCUAAGACCCACCUGUCCCUUUCCCACAUGCCUGAAAAGAAGGGGGCACCCACUGGAUUCGUUUUGCCAAUCAGAGACGUCCGAGCUAGUAUUGGGGCAGGCUUCAUCUACCCACUUGUGGGAACAAUGAGUACAAUGCCAGGCCUCCCCACCCGACCCUGUUUCUACGACAUAGACCUGGACCCGGUCACCGAGGAGAUCUCGGGGCUCUUCUGAGCGAUGACAUCCCUAAAGGAUCCUCUGCUUGAUGAAUGAGUGCUGUGAUGUUUCACAGUUAAAAACAUCAAACAGAAACCAAAGUGCCUCUGUGUCAAAAUAAGUAUGUUAUAUCUGCGCUACAAAAUGCAACAAACAGUGACUCAGCAGUUCUCGUGGCUGACUCUUUCAGUUAAAAUCACAUUUUGARUGAGCAGUCUGGGGGGAAAGCAAAACAAAAUUAUUUUAGAUUAAAGUUUAAGUAUUGUGUUUUAUGUGGGGAUAAAAAAGCGUCAAGCUGAAGCUGGAUUUGCACAUCAAAGAUCUGCAGUCUGAAAGAUGUUCUCUACCUCUGUGUCCACUCGUUUCAGUUUUAUAAUAAAGUUUUAGUCUGCCUUACUUUAUUUUGUUUUCCUAAAGUUUUAAUAUCCUUUAUUAUUUUUAAAAGAAAGCUGACUUAAAUGUUUUAAUAAUGAUGCAAAGAAAUGUUUUUAACAGUAAAUAAGCUGCUGGGGCAAGGCUCACAAAGCUGUUAUAAAGUUCAUGUAAUGUUUGGGUUAAACAUGCUGACUCAGCAUUAAGACUUGUUUUUUUUAGUCAUAAUUUUAUUCCAUGUUUUUUGGACUAACUGCCUCAACAUUUUUAGACUGUUUUGUCUGUUCAACUCUUCAGAACAUUAUAUUCCAACUAUUCCUAGCUUUUGUACUUUAUGAAUUAUUUAACUUAUUUACUUAUUUUUCUUCUCAUUGAGUAUUAAGUGUUUUUUUUUUAAUGUUUAAAAUUUUUUUAUGGUAUUUAAAAUUUACUUCAGCGUACCUGCUCUCUUUCUGUCUUUUUUGUCUUAUCUGUCCUUCAGCAUCUUUUUGUCUUUUUUUUUUCUUUUUACCUUUUUGUCUCCUUAUUUUCCUCUUUGUCUUUAUUCAUCAUUCUUGAUCUUCAAAACCUCCUUAUGCUUUUCCUGUUUUCGUGCUUUUUGUUUCACAGAAAAUGUUUCUUUUUGUAGUUUCAGUUAUGAAUCCAUAAGUGUUAUUUGUCAUUUAACAGUUUAAUUUGAUUUAUUGUUGUUAUUAUUUGCAUCUGUUUGGUAGUUUCUACUUUUCUUUUGACUUGUGACUGAACCUCCAGGUAAAGUUAAAGAGCUUUAAUCAUCUGAAAACACUUUGGAAUAAAACUUUUUACCAA